AAUCCACAAUAAUUUUUGCUGCCUCAGAUUUGGCUUGUCGUUCAUCCAUCUUUUCCUCAUCGAAACUUCGUGUGAACCACACGUGUUCGUAGACAAAAUGUCUCAUCGUAAGUUCUCAGCACCUCGUCAUGGUUCCAUGGCAUUUUAUCCUAAGAAACGUGCCUCUCGGCAUCAAGGACGUAUAAAGGCGUUCCCAAAGGACGACCCAUCGAAGCCAGUACAUCUAACUGCUUUCCUGGCUUAUAAAGCCGGUAUGACGCAUAUUGUGCGUGAGGCCGAUCGUCCUGGUUCAAAGAUCAACAAAAAGGAAGUCGUUGAAGCUGUUACCAUUCUGGAAACCCCUCCAAUCGCAAUUGUGGGUGCAGUUGGUUACAUCGAAACUCCUUUCGGACCACGUGCUUUGUGCAACGUCUGGGCUCAGCAUUUGUCGGAAGAAUGUCGUCGUCGAUUCUAUAAGAAUUGGCAUGCGAGCAAGAAGAAGGCUUUCACAAAGGCCUCCAAGAAGUGGACCGACGAUCUAGGCAAGAAGUCAAUUGAAGACAACUUUAAGAAAAUGAUCCGGUACUGCAAAUUUAUCCGUGUCAUCGCUCAUUCCCAGAUUCGUUUGAUCAAGCAGGGUCAGAAGAAAGCCCACAUCAUUGAAAUCCAACUGAACGGUGGAACUAUUGAGGACAAAGUUAACUGGGUCAAGCAGCAUCUUGAGAAACCGAUUCAAGUCUCGCAAGUUUUCGCACAGGACGAGAUGAUCGACUGUGUCGCCGUUACCAAGGGUAAAGGUUUCAAGGGUGUUACCAGCCGUUGGCACACCAAAAAACUUCCGCGUAAGACCCACAAAGGUCUACGUAAAGUAGCUUGUAUUGGUGCUUGGCAUCCGUCUCGUGUUGCUUUCACCGUUGCCCGUGCUGGUCAGAAGGGUUAUCACCACCGUACCGAAAUCAACAAGAAAAUCUACCGCAUCGGAGCUGGAAUCCACAAGAAGGACGGAAAGGUUAUCAAGAACAGUGCCGCAACCGAAUACGAUCUAACAGAAAAGUCAAUCACUCCGAUGGGUGGCUUCCCAUUCUACGGUGAGAUCAACAAUGAUUUCCUCAUGAUCAAGGGUUGCUGCAUCGGUGCCAAGCGUCGUGUUAUUACGCUGCGCAAAUCGCUGCUGGUGCAUACUAAGCGUUCUGCAUUGGAACAGAUCAACCUUAAAUUCAUUGAUACGUCCUCUAAAAUUGGACAUGGUCGCUUCCAAACGCCGGCUGAUAAGCGUGCCUACUACGGUGUUCUCAAGAAGGAUCGUAUCCGUGAGGAAAAGGCCCAGGCUGCCGCAGCAGCAGCUGCUGCUAAAUCUUCGGCUUAAGCAGAGUACAUUCAAUAUUUGUAUUAGCGAAAUUUCUAAUACAUUUGCCAAUGUUGGCAA